AUGAAAAAGAGUAUUAAAGUUUGUUUUUUUUUUCAAAAUAAAAAAUGUGUUACAAUGGAUACAUGCGUUAAGUUUUCAACUGAAAAAAGUCUUUUUGCAGAUGUCGUAGGCAUAUUUGAUCGCUUAAAUGAGCUUGACGAAUUGAGUUUAAAUGAUUACGCCGCUAUCACCUCUUUUGGUUUUGUGCUUGUUCAUCUUUUUUUAUUAAUGUCUUGUGUAUUUCUAAUUUUUCUCCGAUAUCGAUGAGACAAUUUUCGCUAAAAAUAUUUUCUGAAUGGCCUGAAUUUUUAUUCUUCCGUUAUGAAUAUUUAGUUUUUAAUUUAUCCUUUUAUCAAUUCGAUCUUCUUUGAUUUUUUUGAUGCUAGUUUGAAGAUACUCAUUUUAGAGCCUCUGUAAUUUAACUUUUUCCCUUUUUGAAAGAUUUUCAGCGGUUGGUUUAGACGUUUAGACGCGUAUGUACAACUGAACAAAUCUUUCCUUCAAAAAUAUAGUAGGAGUCAAGUUGUUGUACUCAUUUCAAAGGAGAAUAUUCGAUACUCAAUGAAAUGUUGCCCCAGAAAAGAAAUAGUUCGAUAAGAAGGUGCAGCCGUGAUGCAGUUUUCUCUUAUCUUUAUACAAAAAAAUCUGUUUCAUAGCAGCGUUCUUAGUUAUUUUUGGAAAUAAAAGACUUUGGAAAUAUUUUUUUCAUUGAAAUUUUUUUACAUACAUUAAAAAUUUUUUUCAAAUAUGGACGCUUUUUCAAAAAUGAUUUUCAAGUUUUGUAACCUCGACAGGUUUUUUUCUGUUUUACAUUUUUUUGGUGGUAUGAAAAAGACCAGCGAAAAUUCAAACGGCGACUUUUUCCGAAUUUUUUUCAUUUCGCUAGGGAACUUUCCGACGGCCACAUUUCCGACGAAUCUUUUUUUCCGACUUUUUUUCUCGAUAAAAUCUUCGUUUUUUUAAUCUUCCUAUAUAAAGUAGGUAGAUGGUUGAUGAUUAAAAACACAAAGAAAUAGGAAAAAAAAGUUUAUAAAUGUUUUAUAAAUUGAAAAAAACAUAAGAGAAAAAAGUCGGAAAGGGAUCCGUCGGAAAGUUCCCUAGCGAAAUGAAAAAAUCGGAAAAGUCGCCGUUUGAAUUUUCGCUGGUGUUUUUUUCAUACCACCAUUUUUUUAGGAGGAACGCUAAAAUUUGUAGUUUGUUCAAUGAUUUAUUUAUCAAUUUAAGAGUCAACUCGGAUAAAUUCACAUUUAAUGAAGUUCAUAUGUGUUUAAAAAGCCAUAUUUCUUUGAUUUCCAUAGAUUGGAAUUUUCGCGAAAUCGGUUUUAGUUGGUUUUUUUUUUUCAGAAGAUAGCGAUGAUGGAGAAUACGGCAUUAACGGCGGCGCGACAUGAAAAACUCAGAGCUGAACUUAUAAAAGAACUCGAAGCCGUCGUCAAAGCCGCCAUCGCCUCCCCACACUCGAGCAUAGAGAAUAUUCCUAGGUUGUAGAAUCAUUUAUUUCUUCACUUCUCGAUCUUUUCCCCGAGAUAAACUUAGAUUUUUCAGCGAAAUAACCUUAAAUGUAUGCAACACGAUUGAAGCGAUCUUCAUUCAUGGUCUGAAGGACCCUUUUUUCUUGAAAGGCACGCGCUACGCCAAAUAUCCCGAACCUGUUCGUUUAAAUCUCUUUAUGAGACUUCUAUUUUAUUCCAUUUUUUUCGAGUUCACUUUCCAUUCAGAACUUUUGGCCUUUCGUAUCGAAGUUUUCGCACCGUUCCGUUACGGGAAAAAUCAGCACCUACAAGCAAAUAAAAACCGAAAUUGGCAAAAGUCGGGUGAGCGUUGUUUGCAACGAUAAGUUUACAAAAAAAAAAACUUCGCUGAGCUUGUAAAUUUUCUCCUUUUUUAUUUACUUGGUCAUUGACUUGUUUUCGAAUCUUAUCAUUUGAUUUCCCAGAUCUUUCUAGCACUGAUAAGAUUGACCAGCUGAAAGUUGCAAGAUUUUUAUUUUUCGAAGAUUCUUGAACUUCUUCACAGAUAACUCGUCAUUUGUUCGAAUUUUGCAGGCUUGGAUACGGAUAUUGUUGAAUGAGAACACCCUUGAACAUUAUCUUCAGCUUUUAGCAGCAGAAAAAGCCUCAAUUACGUUGGUUGCUUGAUUAUAACCAUUUUUGACCUCCUCUUUGCAGUCAGUUCUAUGGCGAACAUGCGUUUCUGUACCGGUUGCGGGAAAGCGACCACUAUGAACUCGUCCGAGGUCUCUUCAAACCUCUCACCAAAUUGCCUUUUGAGGUUGUGGCUCUUUUCUAAAUUUAUCAACUCGAUAGUAAUCCGAGUUGCGUCUUUUUUCAAAAAAUCACAAGUUAAAAAGUAAUCUGAUUUUUGAAAAAAAAAUGACGAUUUUUGGAAGUCGGAAUGGUUUACAAAAGUUUUCAUCAAUAAUCAAAUAGUUCGAAAUUGAUAUCGAGUCCAAUGUGAAAUAUUAUCAUUUUUUUAAAGGCAGCCACCAACAGCAGUUUCUUGAAUUCGUGGACCCCUUCGCCGUUAAUUUUGGCCGGUCUCAUGACUGGCGAACCGUUGCGCAGUGAGUUGAGAAAAAAACAGAAUUUUUUUAUUUUUUUCAGGGUUAUUUUAAGUUUUUUUCUAGUAACUCUAGAAAUUAAUCUUUUUAUGUUUUUCAAAAGAUGUUCACAAAGAACUUUUUUUCGAACAACUGUAUAUUUAUGUAUCUAACGGAUAGUUUGAAAGGAUAAAGGGGACUUUUCAGUUGGCGCGCUCGCACCAAGACGAAAUCCUCGUGCAGGAAGCGAAAGCGAGGAGAUCGCCGUGUCCGCCUUGGACAUGCUCGUUCCGGAGGAGGAGCACAACAUCGGCUCUCCCAACCAACGCGUUUCCUCAGGCAGCCGUAAAAUCUUACGUCGAGGAGCCGAACGCACCAAUAACAGCGCCGAAGAAAGUAACUGAUCAAACGCAAAAAAAGACCAGUUCUGGACAUUUGCAGUCGACGAAGACGAUAGGUCUUCAGUUUAUUCGCAUCCCUCCCUGCUGGACCGCGGCGAGGUCUCCCACUACCACGCCUUGAGCGGCGCCGUCGGCAGUCGCUCACCUGAGUUCGGAUCACAGACGAGACGCGUUUCGCAGCCCAUCCGUGCGGGGAGGUCUUCUUCCAGCAGCCAUUUGCCUUUCUCCCAGUCGCCGCUACUCACUUCGACUCCUGUAGAAAGAGUGAUUCUGGAAGCGGCGACGAGGGCUCGUCAACGAGAAUUAGGCCAAGGCCCUUCGUCCUCUGCCAUUUCAAUGCCUAUCGUUGCCAAUGCCGGAGAAGCACCUUCUCACAGUUUUUCCGUACGUUUUGAAAAAAUUCCACUUUCAAUGUGAUUUUCUGCAGCCGCUGAUUGUGUCGCGGAGAACAAAAAGGCCUCGCAAAACUUCUUCGCACAGUUCCAGCGGCACGCAAUCCUUGUCUUCGGACAAAUCGCGGCCUUCACAGUCUCCUCGCCAAAUAAGGGCGGACAGCGAUUUGGUUUGUUCCAUUCGAUUCAGAUAAGCCAAUUUUGAACACAUCUAAUAAAUUUUUUGAAUUGUUUCUCAUGUUUAGAAAGAUUUAGGGGAUUAAAAAAAAACCCCCGAAAAGUAUGAUGGUAGGAAGGAAUUUCGGGUCCCCGAAUAAUCGUAAGCCUUAAUUGUGUAUACACCAAUCUUGGGGAGCUCGAAUCUUUGCAAAUUUGAAUCUUUGCAAACGAUUCUCGGGAACAUUUACUUCUUUUUUUGAAUUUUCAUCCUACUUUUUCCUCCAUUUUUUUCCCUUCGUCGUUUUAUUGUGAGGAUGUCGUGUUUCGACCACAAAAGAACACUGGGGGAUUUUUUUCAACUAACUUUUUUAUCAAAUAUUGCGUCUUUCUCGCAUACACGUAGUCAAAGAUACGCUGCAGAAUGCCUACAACGCUUUCAUUCACUCUGUAUACAUUCUCCCAACUUCUGUUUACAAAAAAUUGGAAAAAUUAUAAAAACAUCAGAAAAAAGUUUAAUGCUCACGAACAUUCGUGGUCCCAAAAUGCCUUCCUACCAUCAAAAAUAUUUCGAUGUUUGAACCUCAUAGACAGAAUCCGCAGAAUCACUCUGCCAAACGGCCAGUCUCACCGAUCGAGAUUGCAGCCUUCGACAAUCAUGGGCACGGUCCCUGACUUGGCAGGCUUGCUUGACCACGGAUAUCCGAUUGGCGUCGCAGAUCACGACAGUGGAAUCGAGGCGGAGAAGGGGUACCUUGGUUUGAGGUUUUUAGACUAAAUAUAUGGCUUUUUUAGACGAUUGCAUCCGCCGGAAAUGUCCUUGACAGAAGCGAUGAACCGCUUGGCGUCCAAUUCGACGACUCCGGCCAGCGACUUGUUUCGAGUUCCAGAAACCUUGACUUUUGAUGCUUUUGGCAACGAAGCCGAGCAGGUUCUUCGCAGAGAUAUCGCAGAAAUAGGCGACGAAGAAGUCUUUGAAGGUUUUUCUCCAAAUAUCCUGUUAAUUGUGACAACAUGAAUUUUUAAACUAGUUGUCUAAAUUUGAUUGCGGGAUUACAGCUGCCACAGACUUCCACGGCAAGCCUGCGUCUCGUCGGAAAUCGGGCGCGUUCGGAGCAGAAAAUAGAACGGAGGGCUACGAAAAAAGUGCUCCGGAUGACUCUGCCAGACAACAAAUGAGCGUUGCUCACAACGAUAUGGUCCGUUUUUUUCUUCUCUUUCUGAAAAUUUUUGACCGUGUCCUGUUCACUCGCAAAAGAAACAAAUUUAGAGUCGAAAUAGAGCUUAGGGGGAAAAAUACAGAGAAAAAGGUCCAGUUAAUAGUUUUUUGAUAAUUUGGAAACAUAAGUCGGCUGGAUCCCAUUCCGGGGUGCGGUCUCCCCCCUCAAACUGUGGCCUACCCCCGAAAAAUGCGGCCUAUUUCAGUGCAUUUUCAUUACAUUGAAGUUUUUGAUCGCCUGAUUGUUUCCCUCAGUAAACGCAGUUAAAUAGCAAAAAAAAAGUUUGGAUAGUUCUGUGCACCUCAAACAAUCAGAUCAGAUUCGGCAUGAUGAAAUUCUCCGAGUAAUUCUAGACCCUAAAAAGGGCUGCGCCUUUGUUAAUCCUCUAUAUUUCUUUCACAUAUGAUUCAUGGCUGGCUUGAAUCAAUAUCGAACUGACUACACAUAAAUGAGUAUCGUUUGAUUCUAAGAAAGUCACUUCGAGAAAAAGAAGAAGAAUCAAUAUCCUAUUAAAGUUUUUUGUAAGAACACAGUAUCGCAUAGUUUUGCGUUUUUUUCCGAGUUUAUUUUUGCUGGUUUGCUUUUUCUGAUUUCAAUUUUAGUUCACCGUUUAAACGACGAGAAAGGGUGUGACUUGGAGUUGGUAGAAUCACAACGCAGAACAAAGUUGAAAUGUUAUCAGAAAACCUCGUGAUUGUUAAGUUGCGUGAUAGUGCCACGAAUCGGUCGUAGUAGACUGUCAAUUGUCUAGAUUUCCCGCUCGCGAUAAUUUUCCAGCCAUUUCCGAGGAGAGCGUUGAGAGAUAAGCUUUUUCUUGCCUUUGUUGACCUUAUCUUAAAGGAAAAAUUGUCGUUCCUUGUUAUUUUAUCCUAUUCUGUUCUAAUUUUCACCUUGGGCUUGAUCCGUUUGUUUUCUUAAUUUUUUAUAUUUGUUUUCAACUUCUUUUUUUCAUUUCGUGACUCUUCAGCGUAAUGGAUACUGUCUUUUUUGAGCUUGAGUUCAAUGAGACUUCCGUCGGACGUAGAAACAGAAGGAUGCGAAGAAACGGAGUCUGUAUUGGAAGCCAUCAACUACGACUUCAACAACAACGACGUCAACGAGAAGAACGUUUUGAGUCGACGUCAAAGUCUGAUUAGCAUUGGGAGUGCCAAUGAAGAAAGUCCUUCGUCUCCCUUCUUUGCCUGUUUUCUUACAACUUCUCUUCGUUUGGUCAGCUUCGGUCGCCGAGAACGAUUUCACGCCAAGCAAUUUGUUGCGAAGCUGGUGAAUGUUUUCAAAUGGCUUCCCAAUAAGUUGAUCGCUGUCAUGUCUCGUCAGAGUCGAGAUGCUAUGCUAAUAUCAAGGCAACACAAUGAAAGAUUCUCAUGUAAUCGCCUUUUCCAUGUUGCGGUCCAUCAGCUGUCCGACAGGUGACCAGCGCGUUUCUUGAUAAGCAAAAUUCGAGCAAUAACGAAGCUAACUGAAAUACCGAUGUUGCAUUUUUCUCCCACGUUUGAGUAUUUGGAGCGAGGCUUUUCUUUUUUUGGCGUAAUUUCCCACGUUCUUGUAAUUUUAAUUAUUUUCCUGCUCUUGAGACUAUGUUGACUGUAAAGUGAAAAAAAAUUUUUAAAAUCGAUGAGUAAAAAAAAAAAUGGAAACUCGAAUAUAUUUUCAUUUUCUGACUUUUUUUUUCAGAGUGACUCGUUACUCGGGACGUCACUGCGUGAUGAACUUGCCGGAGUGCUGCCCAGCACGACGAAUGACGUCUUUGAGGUGAAUUAAAUCUUUUUUUCGAUUUGUUCAUAAUUAUUCAUCAAGAGCUAGAAAUACGUUGUUUUGCAGUUGGAAACUCCGCUUUACGUUAUGCCGCCGAUGAUAAUGGGGAAUAGCUUGGCAGCGAUCGGCGCUCGAAACCAAAUAGUAAGUUUCCAGAUUGAAUGAGGGAAAUUUCCUUCGUGUGAAAGCUGAAGAACUUCCGUUCAAACCGAAUUAUGAACGGUUUUAGGCGUGGGAAAGCUUGUCGGAAAGGUCGCGUCUGUCGUCGUCUUCGGACAGCGGCGGACCCGUCGUCAGCUUCGGCCAGGCCCUCCGUUCGGCCAUGGAAGGCGGCACACAGAGUUUUAUGGUGAUUCCUUUCUUUUUCCACGUCUUUUUUGAACGCUUCAUUUCAGAGCGAUGAGCAGGAGGCUAAUGAGAGCAACGCUGGUGAUCUAUCAGAGGUUUUUUUGUUUUUCAAAAACCGCAUUCCAGUUUUUGAAAAGUGUAAUCUAGGGCGCACAAUUUGAAUAAAGAGCUCUGGAAACGCUGAUUAUGCUUUCAUUAUUUCUUUUUGUUACCAAGCUUAAUAGAAACGAAACUGCAUAACAAGUAGUAAAAGGAAAAGUUUUGAAAGCCUAAUAAGCUCAAGCUUCCUAUAUCUUUUCUUUAAAAUUAUUUCAGUUGGGAUAAUUUACAAUUUUUUCGAAAUUUGAGCCUUUUUUCUCUAUCAUUUCGAGGAAUACUUCUAAUACCUUACCCAAAAAAGGUUCUCUACACGGAUUGUGAACCCCUAUGUUUCCAGUCGAGUGCGUCUUCUCGUAAAGGGUCGAAGUCUUCAGCGGCGAUCGCUGAAGCGACGGCGAAGCUCUGCAAGAUCCCGCGAGAAAAAGGCCUCGACGCUCAAGAUUUUCGUUGUUCCAUGUGUCGUAAAUCCAUCGGAGGCCCAACAUAUGCCAAGUUUGAGUACGUCUCUCAUGUGACGAGGAUCCGAAUGAGAAUUUCAUUCAGAACUUGCGGCAUCGACGGCAAAUGCUACUGCGUGGAAUGCAUGAAGCCUGGCGGUAGCAGCGUGAUCCCGUCGCGCGUCGUCGGCGGCUGGGAUUGGCGAGAACGGUGCAUUUCCGACAGAGGCCGUGCCUGGUUCGAGUCUCACCAGGUGAACAUAUCUUCGUUCCUCCUCAAGAAUCUUCACCUCCAAUAUUACAGGAAAAACCCUUCAUCAACAUCGAGCAGUGCAAUCCUCAUUUAUAUUCUCACGUUCCCGCUCUUGAGCAAGUUCACGUGAGUUUUUUUAUUCCCGGAGAAUAAAGUUCACUAAAAUAGGUUAAAAUAGAAAAUAAAGUAUUUUCCAAAAAAAGCUUGUCAUAAGCAUGAAAGUCUGAUUUUUUUGCGUUCUUUUUAUAGUUUCAAGUUUUUUUUUUUGGAUUUAACUUUUUUAUUUUUUUGAGAGACGGUUUUCAGGUGUUGCGUGAAAAGCUGCAAAGCGUCUCGAUGUAUCUUUUCACGUGCCGAGAGUCGGUGGCUGACGAUUUCCGACGGCGCGUCUGGCCCAAAGAUUACCUGCACACGGACAUCCACAAAUACUCGUUUGCCGUGAGUUGAAUUUCCCACGUUUUUGAGAACUCAGUUUUGUAGGACCUGAUGGAAGUCCGCAACGGAAACCUCUGCAAGAGACUCACAGCUCUGCUGAAACACUCGAUCAACCACGUCAUGUCCUGCACCCUCUGCCGACAAAAAGUAUCCUUUUUACGAUUUCUGCAACUCAAAUUGAAUUGGUAGGGGUUCGUGUGCGAGCUUUGUUCCUUGAACGAUGUCAUCUAUCCUUUCGAUACCGAGCAGACUCAAAGGGUAAGCGAAUUUCCAUUUUCUUUUUUCAUUUAAUUCAGGAACACGAAAAAUAAUUUCUCGCAAUAGAUUUGGUUUCCGAGUUAAGACGCUUCAAAAGCUUGAAAUAACAUUUUGUUGUCAUAUUUUGUGUAUUUUGGUCAGUUUUCUUUCGGGAUCAAUCAAUCAAAUCUUUCAUAUUGUUGUUUUAAUCAUAGAUAUAAUCGACUAGGCGGUGAACAACAGCUUGAAAAGCUAUAACGAACAAGCGCCUUUGACGAACUAGAAGUCCAAACGUGUAGUUGAUCAAGUUGAAAACGCUCUUACGGUCCUUCGCCUCGUCCUUCUGCGCGUAGUCCAUCCAGUUGCGCCUUGACGAGCACAGAAUGUAGCGAAUCUUCAGCUGGAGCCCGGAGACCGUGCUCUAACUCUACAAGAAGCGUGCACGGUGCGAGCACUGAUUUUGAACUUUUUCACUGCACGGUGCAUGUUGUCGUUUUGCACUUCGCAAUUUUGGGUCUUUUUCAGUGCGCAUGAGGUGCAACACCGCACGGUGCUGGACCACAAAACUAAACAUGCUUUGCUACUCAAUUUAGGCCUUUUCUUUCUCCAUCAUCCGACUUUUCUAACGAAAAAAAUCAUCACUAAAACGAAAAAAAGUAUAAAUAACAUGUAGAACUGAUAGAAAUGGACUGAAUCGACAGGAUUUCGGACACCCAAUUUUCCGAUUCGGAGUGUCAGCACCGUGCGGUAUUGCACCUCAUGCGCACUGAAAAAGACCCAAAAUUGCGAGGUGCAAAACGACAACAUGCACCGUGCAACAAAAAAGUGCAAAAUCAGUGCUCGCACCGUGCACGCUCCUUGUAAAGAAGUGAAAGCCUUGAAAUGAGAGCGACCACUGCGAGUGAAGAAUUUAAACGGAUGAGAGAGAAGCUUUUUUUCAUUGUUUCUAAUGGAUACUAGUAGUUGUUUUUAUUCACCGAGAAUCUCAAGAACGGUUUACAGUGCUCGGCUUGCUACUCGGUGUUCCACAAGAAAUGCUGGCAGGCCUCUGAAGAAUGCCCAAAAUGUGUGCGGAAGGCGCAGUUCGACGCGAGGAAAAGUCUCGCCGACGAAUCCAUCGCCCUCCUUCUUCAACAUUAG